AACACUGCGGACGCCCUGACUCGGCUCGGUGUUCUCAGCCGGGCAUCGGCAGUCGUGAGUUCUGACUUACUCCGUGCUUCUCAGACGGCCGACAUCAUCGCGGCUGCCAGCACCAAGAAGCUUGUGCGAGCCAAGGACAAAGGAUUCCGGGAGAUCAACUUUGGCCAGCUCCAGGGGACUUCCUCAGACAGCCCCGACAGCAAGGCACUUCAGGCAGCCAACGUCAGCGCUUGGCUUCAAGGAGACCUCUCCAAGGGCUUUCCCGACGGGGAGGACGGCCAGUCGCUGAUGUCCAGGUCGCUGUCUGCUCUGCGCCAGGCUGCAAAGCUUGGCGAGGUUGUCAUUGUUGUCGCGCACGGCGGCAUGAUCCGCUGGAGUGCAGCGCAGAUCGAGAGUGGCGAGGCGCCUUUGCGCCGCGGUGAGCCUUUCUCGGAACGCGGGGUGGCGUUGGUCAAACAGCCGGUGGUGAACUGCUCCUGCUCCACAGUGAUUUACGACCAUGACUCCGACAGCUUCCACGCAGAAGCUUGGUUCGCGGACCUGCAAUCCGUGUCACAGGUCAACGCUGUGAAAGCCAAGGAUGAUUCAGGCUGA